GGGCAGCUGAACACAUAUACUCACCCCACCUCCCAUAGCCUCUUUGUCCCCUACCUGCCUCAACUUGGGGAGGGUUUUGUUGACGGGAAGUCUGGUAGAGCUCUAACUCCACUCAGAGGUCUGAUGUGGACAAGCAAACUGUGGUCUUGGUCCCCAACACCAGAGGGCAAAGUGAGGUUUAUCUAGAGCUGCUCUCUGUCUGUAAAACAGUAGCCCUAAUAUCCCGCAGCAGAUCUGGCUAGAGCUUGCAAACCCUGUCCCCUUUACCUGCUCCAUUCAGGGCUGUCCGCCCAAGACUCCUACAAUUCCAGUAUGCCUGGGUUCUCUGAGGCCCUGCCCCCACACCCUCUGCCUCCCAGCCCCACUGUGAGGUCAGCACCUUCCAGUGAGUUCCGUCUAGAGGUGUGUGGUGGGACUGGGGGCUGAACAUGGCCCCCUGUCCCCAGCCUGACUCCUGCCCUGCUGGCAGCCCCCUUGGUCUGAUAUGUUUGUCCCUUUUGCUCAUCCCUGCUGCAGCUGGAACCUACUGUGAAUGCAGCCUUGGCCUCAGCCGUGAGGCCCUUAUUGCCCUCAUUGUGGUACUGGCUGGUGUCAGUGCCAGCCUCUUCUGUGCACUCGUCGUUGUGGCGAUUGGUGUCUUUCGGGCCAAGGGUGAUUCGUGCCCCGGACACACAGAAAACAGGUUGAUGGGGCGCUGCGGGGUCCGGGCAGAUCGCAUGGACCUGCACUCGGUGCACGUGGAGUCCCACCUCAUGGACCGUGACCUGGAGGUAUCCAUGAUGCCGCCCUUGGACAACCAGGGCCUAAUGACCAUCCCCAUGGAGGUUCCUCUAGAGGAGCCUCCUCCACCACCUCCACCCCCACCUCCUCCACCGCCAGAGUAGCGGAGGGCAGCUAG